CUCCCGACAGCGAGGACGGAACGCUCUCUUUCUCUCAUGCCCCAGGCACUAGGCGUGAGGCAGGUUGCGUUAGGCAUCGUCACCUCUGCCCUGAGACUGACCAGUGAUGGCAAUAGCUGCACUCCAAAGCCUGGCACUGUGGGGGCUCUUCAUGAUCACAGUGGCCGACGCUGUGGUGCCCAGAAAUUUUUCCAUACCUUCGGUUCGAGCAGAGCUCGGAAACUCUUUCCAACUGCAGUGCAACGUCAGUUCUGGAGAGGAUGUCACCUGGGAGAUGAGGAACUACAACAGCUCGACCUGGGAAACGCUUGACUCCAAGGAACCCCUGUACCGUUGGGAGAAAGUGAAUGAGAAGGACCUGGGCAUUUACCGUUGCCAGAACAAGGUGACGGGAAAAGUAUCCUGCAGCGUUGGACUCCGGGUUUACAAAUCACAUCGCAAGUUCUUCAAUAUCAGGGAAUCGCAGAAGAACAUCAUCCUCAUGGUGGAAGGCAUACUCCUCCUCAGUCUGGUUGUCAUCCCAGGGACAAUUCUGCUUCGAGAGAAAUCGCAAAGAACUUUGAAGGAAAAAAUCCAGCGCUAUAAAGAAGAGAAUGAGAAUCUAUAUGAGGGUCUGAACCAGGCCGAGCUGACCACCUAUGAGGACAUCACACGGGGCCAGCAGUCCAUGUACCAGGACGUGGCAAACUACAGGCUAAGUGACAGCCAACUGGAGCAGCCCUGAGGGAUGGGCUCAGGGGUGGAUUGCCACCCAUCUUCUCUCCCUCCAUCACAGCCCAGGAAGGGGAGCUGCAUUACCCACUGAUGCCAAAAGGUGGUGCUGUAACUGCAAUGCACCUGCCUCCAACCAGCAGGGGACAGCAUCUGGUGGUGUGGAGGGAA